AUGAAGCUAUUGUUGGUGGUCAUUGUUUUCGCGGAUUUAGUCCUGAGCAUCAGCUCCUUGAACCAAAAUGAAUUACAGAACAUUAAAUAUGAGAAUUAUGAACAAGAACCUUCUUCUUCUUCUUUUGAAGAAGAAGUGGUAGGUGCAGAUGAGGUGGAGGGAAGGUCUUUAAGGCAAAAGAAGCAAACGCUGCGUUUGACUUGCAAGACUUUCCCAAGGAUAUGCAGAUUCAAGGGCAGUCCUGGGCCAAACUGCUGCAAAAAGAAGUGUGCGAAUGUGUUGAAAGAUAGGUCUAACUGUGGAAGAUGUGGAAAGAAAUGCAAGUUCAAUGAGAUUUGCUGCAAUGGCAAAUGUGUCAACCCCUCAUUCAACAGGAGGCAUUGUGGUGGUUGCAACAACAGCUGCGGCAAUGGCAGCCUUUGUGCUUUUGGCCUUUGCAAUUAUGCUUAA